AAUCAGCAUUAAGACUGCAGUGGCCUCAGUCGAUGACUGUGCUCUCGUUUGAUGGUUUUGAAGUCUGACAGGAACUGACAUUUGAAGAAAUCAAAUUAAUCCCAACCACGUCUCUGUGCUCCAGCAUGACGAUAAUGGCCUCCCAGAAAAACAAGAGCCACAUCUGCUUUGCAGGAACAAUCUGGAGAAGGCUGAUUUACCCGAUUAGUUGUUUUUUCUGGUACAUUUUCAAACGCAUGACAGACAGACAGAAAAACAUAGGAGACAAUAUUCAAAUAAGUAUACCUUUUACGUGUAUUUCCUUGCAGGAAUGUUUCAGUCUGUGACACAUGGCACAGUAAAUCCACAUAAUAAUGGAUCUAUAAUAGCAGAACUAUGAGAAUGUAUCUGCCUGCAAGUCAUGAGGAAUCUACAGAAUUUGUCCUUUUACGCCUCAUUUUCACAGGUUUAUGCAAAGUAAAAGAAAAAUCUUGUCAUUUUAUCUUUCCUUAAAGUGUUUUCAUUGUUGCUGUAGAUUUUAACAGCUGAAUGGUUUUCAUACUUUUUUUUCUACAAUUUCUUUUAGUAGUAUUCCUUUAUUUAUCCAGCUUUUUUUUUUACAAACAUGACCUGGCCAAUGUAAUGUUUCUGCCUGGACUGAGACCCAUCAGUGACAGAGAGGAUACUACAAAAAAAGGGAAAUAUCUGCACAUUCAGAUUGACUCCCAGUUUAUCUUAAAACAUUUUUUGGAGAUAGUGGAAGAUGUCUGGAGUUCCUCUGAGGUAAUAGCAGGAACAGGAGGAAUGUGAAAGGGGACACGGCUGGGAUUUUAACCAGGAACCUUGUAGCUGUGCAGCCAAAGUGCUAAGUAGCAUAAUUUUAUUCUGCUGUCUUAAAAAUGUGUGAACACUUCGAUAAUACAUAAUUAAUGAUCCUGCUUGAGAUCAAAGUGUUUGAACAUCAUGAAGGCCUAAAAGCACUCGGAGGAUGAUAGAUGUUUUUAAUCCACCUAACAUUUCUGGUGGAUUUUGGAUGUUUGAAGGGGAGUUCUUAGGCUGAUGAUGAAGUGUAUUUACUUUUCGCAGUGUCAGUGGUGCAUUCUCUGCAGUGCAGCUGCCCUAGUUACAGAACGACUAGGUAGCUGUGAGAGAUCUCGGUUGGCUCGAGGAGAGAGGGGAGGGGUUUGUCGACUAAAUUAUGGAGUCUUGGUUGUGCUGAGAUCCAGAUGCAGACAGUAGAGACUGGCUCUGAGGUCCACUUGUGCAUAGACUUGUUUUUUUCAUUCACCCUCUAAUGUUUGGAAGCUUUUUCUAAAAAAAAAAAAAAAAAUGAAGAGAUAAACAUCUAAGAAGAAUUAGAGAUCAGCAGAUUGAAAAUGCUUUUUUGCAUUUUUAAUGUAAGCCUGAGGCUAGAGACCACAUAAAAUAAAAUUCAAGGAAGUCAAACUUAGAACUGUAUGCAAAUGCUAACAAUACACUUACUUAAGAAUUUGAAAAAUGUAUACAAACUUUUUAAAUUCUUAUUUAGCUUUCUUAUUUUCCCCCUGUAUCUGAUUGUUUACGUUUUCACCAGUUGUAGGAAUGUGUGGAAAACCUCCAUGAUCCAGCCUCCUGCAGCAGCAUGAUUGGAGCAUCCAGUCUCCCGGGGCACACAAUGAUAGUGUGCCACUUCCCCGUGGGGCAGCUUCCCCCUUGGCAGCUUCCCAUCCCAGCUGUCCGCAGCUCAGCCAGAAGACCCGGCCGCGUGUGCUCAGCCGGCCUGACCCGAGCUGCAUCUCUGCCCGAGCAGGACACCAUCAACAGAGAGCAUGCUUUCAGAGGGGGGAAGAGGAACUUUUCCAGCAGCUAUGGAAGUCUCACUGAGGACCGUGCCGAGGAGGAGGGGACCAGUGACAGUAGUGGAAGGUGCGACUCUACAUCCUCGCCAGAAGAAGCCAGUUCCCAUCUGAAGAAGGGAAGCUCUGACGCUGGGGGUCACCUGCGCUCACACAACUCUUUCCUUCCUAGUACGGAACAUGAAGAGGACGAUGAGGAUGGAGAUAAUCUCCACAGAUACUAUGAAGACUCAUCUUUUGCCCUGCAUGGCAACUCUAAUUGGCUUCUCAGUAACGGUGCAAUGAAUUACACAUUGUCUCAUGGGGAUCUGGAAGGUGAUUGGAAUAAUGAAGGGACGAUGCUGGGUACUGGAGGGGACCAGCAUUGGCUUUCUAACCACCCUAAACAGAUGGACCCAGCAUUGGCUGAAUGUCAGUGCUUCCACAUGAGAAGAUCCGACAUCUCCCUGACGUCUCAGGAUAACAUAUGCAGUGGCAUCCAAGACAAAUGUUCUCCAGAGCGGCUGUCUAACUGUCAUACAGACUCCUCCUGCACCAGCUCUGAUGGCAUCUUAGUAAACUUUUGUGCAAUGUAUAACAGGAGCAAUAACCCUGCAACACCUCACGAUCUCAGCAGCCCUGCAGUUCAAACAUCUGACGAAUCUGUGCUUCUGAGUCUACAGGCUGUUUCCCACAGUCCAACUGAGCAGGCACAGCACAAACACAAGAGGGUUUGCUCUCCUCCCACAGACGAGGUUCACAAGUGCAGAUGGUCUCCUCAAGGUGUCGACUCAAACUGCAACAUUUACCCGCAGGAGCCGGAACCCCCGGGCCUCUCCUCUCUGGAGGUGUCGGACCUGACUGCCUGUCUUCAAAGUCAAGCCACGAUAGCAGUGGAAACUAACCAAAAGUACUACAAGCUUGUAACGUGUGACCUCUCGUCUCAGUCUCCCAGCCCAGCCUGGUCUAGCCUUACCAGCUGUGCUGAGGGCCAGGGUCAUAUCAGCCCCUUCCCAACCCCUCCAGAGAAUUUCAGGGAUCACAAUAUUGAAGACAUGAAGGAAUCAGAGGAUCGUAAGAAGGAAGAAAGGCUUUCCCCUGCAGGGUUCAGGCUCAAGCUGGACUGUUCUCAUCUACAGGCCUGUGAUUAUCAGGUUGCCAGCACCUCCACUGACAGAAGCGUGUGCAGGAGGUCAAGUUCGGAUGGCCUCCAGAACCACUCCCACACGCCUUAUUCACAGUGCCUCAGCCGGGGUAACCUGCAUGGAGGUAAAUGCAAAGUUCCUGCAGAUGAAACCACCCCACUAUCUAUAAAGCAUCACCAAAUGAAUGCUGAUGACACUGAAAGAGGGAAGUGUUCAGUGGGAGAAAACACUGAGAACUACAAGAAGCCCCAGAGACCAACAUCACUGCCUAUCCAGCCCUUCGUUCUGCUUCCUGAAGGAAAACCACAAUCAGAGGUCCAUCUGGGCUGUCUUUUGGAGCAGUACAUAAACCAGAAGGCUGGCAAGUCUGGAAAAUCCCAGCACUUUCAGAAGUUUACAGAGAAAAGAAGUCGGUGUUUACCCAAUCAUCAGUUAUCCCCAACAGAGAACCGUUGCUCCGUCUUUCUGGAGGCUCCUUCCAGCUCUGAUACCUGCUCCACCUGCACUCCCAGCCCAAAGUGCUUCACCAACAAACAAGCAAACAAACUUCCAAAAAGCAAUCUGGAUUCAUACCAGGUCAUCUUCAAAACCCAAGGAAAGCAGGUUCAAGAUAACACAAGUAAAACGGAAACUAACACUCCUAUGAACUCUGCUUCAUGUCCAUCCAACCUUGUUAAGAUCCCCACCUACCAAGACCUGAUCGACAUCACCUCGACGAAGAGCUGCACCGGUUCUGAUCCAACCAACUCGACCAACUAUUCAUCCUCAUCACACACACCGCCCACGUUACCUCUAACAGCUGACCCCCAUCAGCCAAACGUGCAGGUUUUCCUAACCCCACCGUCAACCUCUCUCCAGCAUCUAAACUUCCCACAGCAUCCAGCUGCUCCUGCGGCUGUCUCCAGCUUUUCCCACAGAGACUUUUUUCCCACCAGUUUCCCCUCUGUGGCUUCUCUUACUUCCUUGAGCUCUCUCCUCUCUUUGGCUUCUUCUAGCCUGCAUCCCCAGCAGUUUGAAGAACUCAAUGCAGGGUCAGAUCAGAUCAAGCAGAGAGGAUCUUUGAGUGAGAGGUCUCCCUCAGAGCUCUGCUUCUCGUCUGAUUCCACCUACGACUCCAUGUCUAUCAGCCAUCUUCAGAGGAGAGGUUUGUUGUUGUCUGUGAGCUCUGCAGUGGAUUUAAUCAUGGCCCAUUUCAGCAGCAGCAGAGAUCCUGAUGAGAAGAUGUGUCUGGGUAACAGCUCCUACAGCCCCACUAUUUCCGCUUUGGUCCUGGAACACUUGUGUCCCGCAAUCCAGAACCUUUUAAACGAUGGACUGAGGGACCACAAACUGGAUUUUAUUAUUGGACAGCGCCGGAACCAUUCCUGGAAUGUGGUGGAGGCCUCGACUCGGAUUGGUCCAUCUACCAGGGUCCUCCACAGCCUGGUUUCAAAAAUCAAGCAAUGCUCCCAGCUCACCAGCCACUGCAUGAGAUUAAGGGCAUUCAUCAUGGGCCUGUUAAACUUGAGGGCUCUGGAGUUCUGGUUCAGUCACCUACAGAGUCAAAAAGAUUUGUUGGCUUCAUAUUACCAUUCUUGGGGGUUCUUGUCAAUGACCUUAGGGCGGUGUCAGCCCAUGUUUCAGGAGCUGCUGCUCCUGCUGCAGCCUCUCUCUGUGCUGCCCUUUGACCUGAACUUACUGGUGGAGCCGCGCUUGUUCCAGCACCGUCUGCUCUGUUCAGAGACUCGUUCCCCACCCCAGCCCUGCUCAGCACUGCUGGUCACCAGCUGGCCAAAACUACAAACCAACAGAACGUUCGACAGCAGCUGCAAAAGUCACCAGACCACAAUCCCACAGCAGAGAAGUCAGCCUGACGUCAGUUGUCAGAGUUUAAGAGGGACCAGCAAGAGUCUGCUGUUGGAUCCCAUUCCAGAGUACUGGCCCAAAGAGUCCGAUCUUGAGGAUGGUGUUGUAAAGACACAGAAUAUAAGGGAAAAUCUCUGGUUUCAAACCAAUAUAGAGUGUUCAAAGGAAGAGAAAAUAGAAGAAAAAGAGGCCCAGAAUGCAUCAGCUUCAGACAAGAAAGAGGAUCCUGCUCAAGGAGGAAGACGCUGGUCAAAACUCUUUGGAGCAGCAAAUACUUUUGGUAGAGCAGAAAGCAGAAGUUUUCACAGACGGCCGUCGCAGUGGCUGCAGCUGGAUGCAGCACAGCUGGGACUGUUGGCUCGGACCAUCAGGAACCUAAAGGGGGGAGCUCCGACCCGCAUGGAGCACUGACAACCACAGCUGGGAGGAGAAACAAGCGCAUGCAAAUACAGUUGUAAAAACUGAACUGAGUUGCUAAGCACAAGAACUGACAAUCAUCUGCUUCUCAGAAACUGGUAUGCACGUUUUCUGAAGCACUUUGUCUAAUGAAAAACUAUUUCCUAAGAAAAAAAAACGUUUUUAACAAUAGCACAGCAGAUAACAGCAGAGUAGUAGCAGACUUAGUACCCUCCAUCCAUAUAAGCUCACAAAAGAGCUUUAGAUGUUGUACAUGGUCCACAUGCCCUGUUUCCAUAAACUUACUUAUUUUGGGAAAAGAAGAAAACUCAUUAUUUUUAAAUUCAGCAACUUUCAUUAAAAGGUUCUUGUUCUGCAAUAGUUUUAGAUUUUAGAAUUUCUCUAGAAAAAAAAAAUCUGAGGCCCUCAUUCUCCUUCCUUUUAGUGGUGAUCAUUUAUUAUAUGUGAUAAAUUUGAUUUUUAUAAUCAUAUCACUUAAUUUAAUUGAUUUAAAUUAAAUGAAGAAAUUCCCAUUAAUUCAUUCAAACCAGCCUCUCCCUUUUAGCAUAUUAUAAGCAUGAAUUUGCAGCAUGAUUUAGGAGAUCAGAAUGUUUUAUACCUCUCUGUUCCUCUGUCGUGUUCAAAUAAAAGCCAUCUUGUGGCAGCUUCGGGUAUUUAUCAGUCAGGCUUUUUGAAAGAGUAGAUCUUUCUUUUUUUUUGGUUCAAAUGAAGGGUGCUGAAUAGAUGCGACAGUUUGAAGCUUGUGAAAGUGUCCCGUCUUGUUACCUUUCUCCCUGAAUGCUUGUUUUACUGCAGAGCAACAAUCAACCUCUGCCAAUAAAAACUACAGAAACUUUC